AUGGCAUCUAUGACUUCUCAUUCGUUCCCUCGACCCACACCUUCCACCUCCCCAUUCGUCUCAUCUAUUGCAUCCAAUGUACCUUCAAACCGACUAACUACACCUCUCGCUCCUCCUCCGCCACCUCCCCUGUACAUGUCGGCACAUGACCACAUGGCUGGCCCCGAAAGACAAGUGAGAUACGCUGGGGCAGAUCAUACUCUAGGUCCAACAUUCAGUGAGGAAGAAGAUGGAGAUGACAGUGCUUUCAUUGCUGCUAAGAUGGCUGCGUUAGGCUUAGACCCGAACGGAAAACCGUAUGAUCAAAAUGGCUAUGCUCAACAAGAAUCUCGACCUGCUCAAUCCCGUGAUGUACGUUCCCGAAACCCACUUAUUCAAGCCCAAUCUCAUGCACAAGUGCAAUUCCAAGCUCAACGUCAAGCGCAAUUACAGUAUCUUGCUGCACAAGCACAAAUGCAGCAACAGCAGCAGCAACAACAAGCCCUUCUGCAACUUCUCGCACAACAGUCUCAAGCUCAGAUAAAUCCUCAAUUACGAGAAGCUAUGGCUAUUCUUGAGAUACAACAAGCUCAGCAAUCAGCCACUGAUCGGCACGUGUACGCUCAACAGCAAGCACAAAGAGCUUAUGCUCAAGCUCAAAGACAACCUGGAUGGGAUCAGACUAGACUGAUCCACCAACAACAACAGCAACAGCAGCAACAGAUUCGAGAAAUGCAAUAUCUUCAAGACAUCCAUCUUCAGCAACAACUCUCUGCCUUGCAGAUGCAAACGAACGAAUACAAACCUCAAAGUCGCCCUAAUAGUGAUGGAGGUAUUCAGAGAUCAGCUUUGGCAGCUCAGAUGCAAGCAAACCUACAAGCCAGGACAGGUAGAGUAGCAGAAGCUAGAGGAAUGGCACUGGAUGACUCAGAAAUAAGAACAAGAUUCGAAAAUGCUGCCGACACUUACACACCACCAAUCGGAAACAUGUCAAGAUUUGAUACUUCCCCUCUUGUGACUAAUACUAGUGGUAGUCCAACCUCACCCUCGUGGAGAUCUUCGGAUUCAGGUUCACCCUCACCUACAAAAACAACCAUUCUUACUCCAACUGAAUUACCGACUCCCUCCGCCCAAACUCAUAAUUCGAUUCGAUCACCUAAAGGAGGAAGGUUCUCUCAAGCUAUGGCAACAAAAGGUGAACAAGCCUAUGGUACUCUAACAUCCACUUUAUCAGGUAGAUCAAUUCAUAUCGAAGCUCGGCCUCAACUGCAAUCUGUUUUCAAUGUGGAAAAGAAAGAGGCAAUUCAGAUUAGUCCUGAGAUGGAGAAGAGACCAUUGAAAUACACUAUAGGGGCUUUAGGAAAUGGCAGACCUUCUACUCAACCUGCGAAUUCCAACAAUAAUCGAUCUGCCAGUUUACCGGUUCAGGAACCUAAAACGACCCUACUCUCACAAAGAGUGGUCAGUCAGCCUACCAUUGGAAUGUCAAAGGUCAUGGUCGUCAGACAACCCUAUGGACCACCCUGUGAAGCAGCUGAAUUGGGGGACAAGAAUUUCCAAUCAAGAUUGCGAAGGCAAGCUGGACUUAACCUCACAAUGUUAGGAAGAAGAGUCGAAUCUCCCUGUCCUACACCCGUUCUGGCAUGA